AUGGCGUUUCCUCCGCCUGCGCAUCCUGGACCUGCCGAGGAUCAGCUACUAGUGCUGCAGGGCAACCAUAGGUCAUCCUAUAUUUGGGAGGGACAACUAGCAAUGCAGCCUCUCCGCCCCAGGAGGCCUGAUGAUUUGUGGGAGUUUAUUGCGGAGCAUCGUUUCCAUCUGCGCGUAGUAGAGAUCCUCCAGACUUCGAGAUUUUAUACCAUUUUUCAGCUUGGACGGAUGCAGCUUGAUUGGUCGCUCAUCACGUCCUUGGUAGAGCGGUGGCGACCGGAGACGCACACAUUUCACUUGCCCACUGGAGAGGCUACUAUCACGCUGCAGGAUGUCCAGGUUUUAUAUGGACUGCACGUAGAGGGGCGCGCCUUCGCACUGCCCCACCACUGGAGAGGGAUGACACGUGCACAGUUGGCGGACAUGAUGGGGCAGUUGACUGGUUCGAGACCGCAGGGUGACCGGGGUGGCAAUCGCGUGGCUUUGUCAUUCAUUAGAGAUCAGAUGGCGGUAUUGCACCCAGAUAUUACCCACGAGACAGAGCAUCUUUGGAUUCAGCGGUACACUCGGUUGGCGUUGCUCCUGCUUUUUGGGUGUGUCUUGUUUCCGGACACCUCGGGGAACAAAGUGAGUAUGCGCUUUCUUCAUUGUCUUGAGCAGCUGGAUGAGCUACCCCAGUACAGCUGGGGUGCUACUGUUCUGGCGUAUCUCUAUAGGAGCAUGUGCCGCGCGAGCGUAGGUCCAGCGGUUGAUAUAUGUGGUUUUCUGCCCCUCCUUCAGGUGCAAAAAAUUUCCGAAUACAUUGUUUGUUACCCCAAAUUCUAUAUCGUGAAAUGA